AUAAAAAUGACUCGUUUUACCCUCACAUAACUGCACUAAAAAGCAACCUACAAAAGGAUAUACAAGUAAAAAUAAUUCUGCUCAGUUUGUCAGAGAUCAGUGUUUUAUCGUCUAGUUAUAUCUACCCACCACCAUCUCUCUUACUCAAAAUGCUUUUUUUCCCCUUCCAUCAUCACUCAAGUUCAUCUCUGUUCUGGGUAAGAUUUUUCUUCUUUCCUUCCUUCCAUUAUCAGUUAUUUUUUGCUAAGUUAUUAGCUUGUUUUCUUUCUUUCUUUCAUUAUAGAGCUGCCCUUUUAGUAUUUAUUCUGUAAAACCUGAGAAACAACAACUUGUUUAGAAAUGGGUAAAAGAACUAGUAGAGAUUUAGAGAGUGAGUUGACCAGAGCAGAGGAAGAAAGUGAACACUGGAAGGUAACUUGUUUGGUUCUAAGACACCAUUACUCUGACCUGAAAAACAAGUAUAUAGAGUAUAAGGAAAAACAAGUAAAGAAGAAAGGGUUUGAUGAGGGUUUUGAGAAGAAAACAGAAAUUUCAGAAAAAGAUGGGGAUUCCAAUGUGAUAGUCUACAAAAGGAGGAGACAAAAUAAAGACAUUAGGGAAGAUGAUGAACAAAGGGAGAAAUGUGAGUGUGUUCAACUCAAUUGGGAAAUUGAUGUUUUGGAGUAUGGGAAACAAAAAGCAAAUGAGGAAAUUGAAGGUUUAAAAAAUCAGUGUUUGGAUUUGGAGGUUCAGGGGGACUUGCUUAAGAUGAGGUGUAAACAAUUGAUGAAGAAGACAGUGGUUCUAGAGAAGGAGACAAGUGAAAGAGAGAAGAUUCAACAAGAGAGGAUUAAUUGUCUGGAGAAGGAAUGUGUUCAACUCAAUAAGGAGGUUGAGUAUUUGAAGUUGGGGAACAAAAGACAAGCUGGUGAAAUUGGGGAUUUGAGAAUCAAGUGUAUGGAUUUGGAGAUUCAAGAAACCCUCUUAUUGGAUCAUGAGACCGAACUGAGAAAAGAAUUGGAGGAUUGUAGAAACAAGUGUCGAGGUUUGUCUGCAGAGCUAGAACAGAAGAAAAUGGAAUUGGCGAACCUACUGGAAAUAAAUGGCGGUCGCGAAGACUAUAGGACUAAGUGUAUUGAGCUGGAAGAGCAUAUCAAGGGUUUAGUGGAAGAAGGGAUUGUUAUGUAUGAAAGGGAGAGAAGUGCACAUGAAAGAAUAUGUGUCUUGGAGGAGGUUGCUGAGAAGCUGGAAACUAAGGAAAUAGAGAGGUGUGUUCAGCUUAAUACUGAGAACAGGAAAUUGGAGGAUGAGAACAGGAAAUUGGAGGAUGAUAAGAUUGAUAGUUUGACAAAGAGGUUUAUGGAGUUGGAGACGCGGCUUUUGAGAGUGGAAGAAGAGAAUUCAACAUUGAGAGGCAUGCGAACCGGAGUCUCUUGUGAGAAAACUUGCAGGGAAACCGAUGGCGUAGUCCAUGUAGCUAAUGCGGUUCACCUGACUAGAACUGAAACCAGUCUAAAUUCUGCUUUUACACCUGCCAGUUGCAAACCUUCUUCUUCACUGCAAGUAAAUUCCGAUGGUGUGCACGCGUCAGACUUAGCUCAUGUCAACAAUCAGUGCAAGUCUGUAGAAGGUGGCAAGGAUUACUUUGCAAGUGCAUCUGGACACCAAGUAGGUUUUGAGACACAAGGGGCACUAACUAUGCGCAAGUGCAGUGGGAUACCAUCAAGUGAAAAUCUAGCUUUGGUCAGACAAGAAGAUGGUGCAAGGCCAUCAACUACAUCAUCUAUUGUUGAGAUUGUCGAGAUCGACAGUGACGGAGAAAUCGUGGAUAUCAGCGACGAUGAGGAAGAUAAGUAAGGAGACUAACAUACUCAAGUCAGCAGAAGAAGAAAAUCGCUUUUCACUUCACUCUAAUGCUGACGACUCUCUCCUACAACACUUUUGUUAAUCAAGCACUCCCACCUGAUCUCUUCUUUAUGCCUUGAAAAUGGCAUCAUCUUUUGCUACUUUUAGGAAAUUUUGCUGGGGUAAUUCUUGGAUAACUUCUUUUUGUAGCCGCAUUCAAGAACCAGGCAACAUGUGUAACUUCUUUUUGUAGUUCUUGAGUACCAUAUUACACGUAAAAGUCCUGGGUGGGAAUGUAACUUCUUUUUGUAGUUCUUGAGUACCAUAUUACACGUAAAACUCUUGGGUGGGAA